UGUACUGUGUGUGUGAGCAGUCUCACUGCUUCCUGUGGGGCUGGCAUGGUGAAGGGCUCAGGAAGAUUAUCUUGUUUCCUGGGGUGGUGCACUUGUGUCAACAGGUUUUGUAUUGGGUUGUGCAGUUCAACCUGCAAGACAGAAGGUGGCACUUAUGGGAAAGAGCCUGCUGUGGCAAAAGCAGAUGGAUAGACACGUGAUCUCGGUUUACUGGAAGUAGCUUCCUAUUGCUUCCGACUUGAGCUGGGCUGUAAAAUACACAGUGACAGCUCCUUGCUCAGUCCCUGAGGUGAGGGCAAGGUAGGGUAGAGCUAAACAGUAAAGUCUGCCCCUUGAUAUCCCAAUGGCAGAUACAAGUACCAGCCCUGAUGGGGUUGUGGGAGGAGCUCCUAGUGAAAUGCCCUGAAGUCUUCAAAGGAGGGGAGGGGGGCUUCCCCAGCUCCAUGGCCUGGGCAGGCAGGAAUAUGAUUCACCUUCCUGUCAUUCGUCUGUCCUGGUGCUUGCAGCACUCAGAUCAGGUGGACAAAAUUGUCUAUUUCAAGGCUGCAAUGUGGUCGAGCACUGUGACAGGUGCCUGUCCUGCAGGUCAGCAUCAAGAUGUCUUCUGUGCAAGACAUUCUCCCUCAGCACAAACGACACAGCUUUUUGGUUCUCCUGCUCUGUGCUGCAGGAAUGCUGCUGCCCCAUGUGGAGGAAGAGGGGUCAUGCCUUUCAUAUAUGGAACCCAUUCACAUGGACUUUUUAAGAAACUUGGAAUUCCAGGGCCCACACCUCUGCCUUUUGUGGGAAAUGUUUGGUCCUUCCGUAAGGGCUUUUGGACGUUUGACAUGGAAUGCUAUAAAAAGUACAGAAAAGUCUGGGGUUUUUAUGAUGGUCUACAGCCUGUGCUGGCUAUCACAGAUCCCGACAUGAUCAAAACAGUGCUAGUGAAAGAAUGUUAUUCUGUCUUCACAAACCGGAGGCCUUUAGGUCCAGUGGGAUUUAUGAAGAGUGCCAUCUCUAGAGCUGAGGAUGAAGAAUGGAAGAGAAUACGAUCGUUGCUGUCUCCAACCUUCACCAGUGGAAAACUCAAGGAGAUGGUCCCUAUCAUUGCCCAGUAUGGAGAUGUGUUGGUGAGAAAUCUGAGGCGGGAAGCAGACACAGGCAUGCCUGUCACCUUGAAAGACAUCUUUGGGGCCUACAGCAUGGAUGUGAUCACUAGCACAUCAUUUGGAGUGAACAUCGACUCUCUCAACAAUCCACAAGACCCCUUUGUGGAAAACACCAAGAAGCUUUUAAGAUUUAAUUCAUUAGAUCCAUUCAUUCUCUCAAUAAAAAUCUUUCCAUUCCUUACCCCAAUUCUUGAAGCAUUAAAUAUCACUGUGUUUCCAAGAAAAGUUACAAGUUUUCUAACAAAAUCUGUAAAACGGAUAAAAGAAGGUCGCCUCAAAGAGACACAAAAGCACCGAGUGGAUUUCCUUCAGCUGAUGAUUGACUCUCAGAAUUCAAAAGAAACUGAGUCCCACAAAGCUCUGUCUGAUCUGGAGCUCGUGGCCCAAUCAAUUAUCUUUAUUUUUGCUGGCUAUGAAACCACAAGCAGUGUUCUCUCCUUCAUUAUGUAUGAACUGGCCACUCACCCUGAUGUCCAGCAGAAACUGCAGGAGGAAAUUGAUGCAGUUUUACCCAAUAAGGCACCACCCACCUAUGAUACUGUGCUACAGAUGGAGUAUCUUGACAUGGUGGUGAAUGAAACGCUCAGAUUAUUCCCAGUUGCUAUGAGACUUGAGAGGGUCUGCAAAAAAGAUGUUGAGAUCAAUGGGAUGUUCAUUCCCAAAGGGGUGGUGGUGAUGAUUCCAAGCUAUGUUCUUCAUCAUGACCCAAAGUACUGGACAGAGCCUGAGAAGUUCCUCCCUGAAAGGUUCAGUAAGAAGAACAAGGACAACAUAGAUCCUUACAUAUACACACCCUUUGGAAGUGGACCCAGAAAUUGCAUUGGCAUGAGGUUUGCUCUCAUGAACAUGAAACUUGCUCUAAUCAGAGUCCUUCAGAACUUCUCCUUCAAACCUUGUAAAGAAACACAGAUCCCCCUGAAAUUACGCUUUGGAGGACUUCUUCAACCAGAAAAACCCAUUGUUCUAACGGCUGAGUCAAGGGAUGAGACCGUAAGUGGAGCCUGAUUUCCCUAAGGACUUCUGCUUUGCUCUUCAAGAAAGCUGUGCCCCAGAACACCAGAGACUUCAAAUUACUUUGUGAAAAGAACCCUGAAAUGAAGAUGGUUGUACUGCAUAAAUAACUGAGGAUUCUGUACAUGUAUUGAGCUCUCUCACAGUCUAUAUAGAGUGUUAUACUCGGUAAUAUAAAGGAGAUGAACAAAUCAGUUCAUCUGGGGAGGUAGAUUUGGCUUUUCUGUGUCUCAUAGGACUAUCUGCACUACCCCCAGUUAGCACCAUUAAUGCCUCCUGAGCUCUGAUAACAGAAAAAACAUUUCUCAAUAACUUCAUCCACAAUCAUUAAUGAAAAUAAGAAUUAUUUUCAUGACUCGAACAGUGACAUUUAUAUCACGUUAUAGCUGGAGUAUUCUAUAGUAAGUUUUAUAUUAAGCAAAUCAAUAAAAACCUCUUUAUAAAAGUAUUAUUGGAUACUUUCCCGCACAUUAAUGAGAAAUCUAUAGAACCGAUGACUGAGAACCAACAACUAAAUAUUUUGAUCAUUGUAAUCACUGUUGAUGUGGGGCCUUUGUCAGAACUUCAAUUUGAUUAUUAACAUAGGUGAGAGUUCAUCCACUAUGACUUUGCCCAUUGCUUAGAAAGAAUAUUCAUAGUUUAACUAUGACAUUUUUGACCAGGCAUAGUGGCUCAUGUGUGUAAUCCCUGCAUUUUGGAAGGCCAAUGCAGGCAGAUCACCUGAGACCAGGAGCUCGAGACCAGCCUGAUCAACAUGGUGAAGCACAAUUUCUACUAAAAAUACAAAAAUUAACUAGGUGUGGUGGCACGCACCUGUAAUCUAAGCUACCCAGGAGGCUGAGGCAGGGGAAUUGCUUGAACCUGCAGUGAGCCGAGAUCACGCCACUGCUCUCCAGCCAGGGUGACAGAAUGAGACUGCAUCUCAAAAUAUAUAUAUAUGCCUUUUUGUUGCACAUAUAUUUAGUAACAUACAACUGAAGCCAUUAUUAUAUUAUUAGUUUUGAUUUAAUGUUGUCAGCCCAUCUCCCCUGAUAUUUCUGGGAGACAGGAAAUGUUUUCUUACAUCUCUUGCAUUCCAUCCUCAACUCUCAACUGUCUGAAUGCAAUGAACACUUAAUAAAAAACAGUUGAUUGGUCAAUUGAUUGGGCAACAAGGCUAAAAGUACUCAUUCCUUUUCUUUUCCUA